GUUUUAUAAUAAAAUGUGAGUCGAAAAAGAUUAGUGGAAUAUGUGGUCUAAUACUAUUUAUGGAAUAUUCUAACCGGGAUUCUUAAAGUGGGACACUCAAAAAGGAAGGAGGGAGUAGUGUAUUUGACAUAUAUAGAAAGUGGUGUUUAGUUUAAUAUUGGAAAUUUAAGAUAGUAAUAUUCUCGUUUCCUUUUCGUUUUCAGCAAUAUAUGAAUAUUUCGUAUACAGUGGAAUUGAAAAGAGAAUCAGACGGAUGGCCAGCAAGCGCCAUUAGUGUGACUAUUUAGAACUUCGUCUUUCUUUUUUACUAUUGUUUUAAAUAUUAGUACUAAAAAAUAUGUCCAAUAGUACUAGAAAUUUAUACAAAAGAUGUUGUUUAUUUAUUAUAUUCUUCUAUCUUUAUGCUAUUUGACGCAACUCUUACCAGCGAAAGUUGGGGGAAUGUCUGAUGGAGAUUUUCGGAAUGUGUUGGGAAAAAAGUGUAUGGAAAUUUAUUUGAAGACACUUAAUAAUACAUCAUUCCCCACUAAUUGCAACCUAAUCAUUCUGAUCAGAAUGCUAAAUCAUUUUAUUAUAUCUUGUCUAGAAUUCAAUAUUUCAUUUUUGAUUUAUCAGCAUGCACUAAAUAAUGUCAUACUCAAAUAUCGCCAUAACACGUAUGCUUUAUUUAUUUAAUUUUAAAGCAGGUGUCAAUUCUUUUCUAUAUUCUCUUUUCCUUUUCCUUGAUAUUUUAAAGCGGAAGCGGAGUAAAACCAUAAAUUCCUACUACUACUACUACUACAUGCUUUUCUCACUCCAGCAAUCAGUUAAAAGGUGAGUUCACACAGCUGGAACAUUCUCACGCCAACUAUACUGCAAAUACACAGUAAGAAAUAUCUGAAAAAAUGGGGAUUUCAGUUCCCAUUCUCGCCAUCGCCAUCUCUCUGCACCUCAUUGCCUUCGUGCUCGCCGUUGGCGCCGAACGACGCCGUAGCACGGCGACGGUGAAACCAGAUGAGUACGACGAGAGAACGUACUGCGCGUACGACACCGACGCGUCGACGGUCUACGGGCUGGCGGCGUUUGGACUGCUGCUGAUUGCGCAGGCGUUGAUUCACGGCGUUACCAAGUGCUUCUGCUUUGGGAGACGGAUGAUGGGCGGCCGCCGCUCUACUACUCGCGCCGUCGUCUUCUUUGUUCUCUCAUGGGUCAUCUUUCUAGCUGCGGAGGCAUGCUUGCUGGCAGGAUCAGCUCGGAAUGCUUACCACACGAAAUAUCGAGCAAUAUUUCACGUAGAGCACUUAUCUUGUGCCACUCUUCGUAAGGGUGUGUUCGCUGCAGGUGCCGCCCUAACAUUGUUAGCAAUGAUGGCAACCACUUUUUACUAUUGGAUGCACACCAAGGCUGAUACUGGUGGAUGGGAAAAGCACCAAAACGAAGGAGUCGGAUUAACCCCCUCACAUUUUGCAGAGAAUCAGAAUCAGAUGAAGACCGGUGAAUUUGACAAAGUGUAAUCUUUGAUUGUUAAACAAAGGUUUUAAGUACUGUGGUUUGUCAUGUCUGAAAUGAUACAAAGAUGUCUGCACUGUAAUGUGCUAACUUAAGUGCAGUAUAUAAAUAUCUGUUGUAGGAUUUUUUUUUUGUUACUUUUGAUCUUCUAUAAUUGAGCUGCGCAAAUUGCAAUUUAGAUUUAA